AUGGCUGAAACUGGUGGUUCUUCGACUACCAUCCCGGACCCGGAGGAGAACAUCGACGCCGUCUCCGCCGCAGGCAACGCUGCUGACAACAAAGAAACCCCCAAGGCGCGCCGGAAUCGGAUGCGGAUGAUCGCGGAGAGGAAGCGCCGUAGUCGGCUGAGGAAUUACUUCGGCGAGCUGCAGGAGCUCGUGCCCCACGUCACUGACAAGAGUGACAAGGGGACCUUAGUGGGACAGGCGAUCGACUACAUCCAGUCGCUAGAGAAGAUGAAGGCCAUGCUGGAGAAGCGCAAGCAGGAGCUGGCACUCGCGCGGCAGGUGGCCGCUGAACGGGCGGCCUCCUCCUCGUCGGCGCCACCGCAGACCGCCCAGGGGAUGGCGGGAGCGGCCAUGUUUUCAUACGUCCCAGAUGGCUGCCAUGAUGUGCCGGCGCCACCGCUGCAGCCACUUGCUGCGGCCGUGGCAAUGUCUGCGGACGUCCCGCAGCCGCUGCCGCUGCAGCAGCCUCUUGCUGCAGCGGUGCCAGCGCCACCGCAGCUCCCCAUGGCGGCCCCGGGGCAAGUCGGAUUCCAGAAACAUGCUUUUGGAAUUGACGUAACAAACUACUCAAGCCAAUCACUAAGAGAACUUGCUUAUUUGCAUGAGGUGACUAGAAUGGGCGGAGAGAAUCCUUCACCAGAGGAAGUGUACAAGCCAGCUAUGUCGGAGAUCCUGCUAUCGCUCAACACCAACUAG